AUUUACAUUUAUAUUAUAAUAUUUAUAUUUAUAUUAUUAACACAGUGUUGUUUUAAAAAAAAAACUAUUGACUGAAAUAUCUGUUACAUCGUGAUAAUGAUAAACAGGUUGACAUCUUUGCUGGAUCAGACUGAGUUACGAGUGGAGCGUCUCAGGCAAGAUGCUCUACGCAUUGAAGGAGAGCGAAGGUCUUUGCUAUCCACCCUGGAUAGUGUGAAGCAUUCUGAACUGCCCGCCGAAGUAUCUGAAUGUGAUAAGGACGAUUUACUCCGGUACGCGCACCGUCUCCUGGCGCGAGCUACGACCGUGCAGGUGGAGGUGCGAACUGAACGUAACGCGAAGCAAGAAGAUGCCUACAAUCAGGCGAACGUGUUAGUGGACCAACUGAUGGCGUCGGUCCACAACAACGCCGGGAUGGCACGCUUACGCUGGCAGGGUUAUAUGAACGCGUGCACUUCCCAACCUAACAGCGGUACCGGCAUCGAUGGAAACUUCGAGACGGUCGUCCUGGGAUGUACGCUGGAUGAUCAGAAACGCAUCAAGAAACGCCUUCAAGGCAUCGACGACAUACUUCGUAAACUUUACUAAUCGUCGGACUCAUUUACGUGCUUAUUUUUGUUAACUGUAUUACCCUGCAGUUUAACACGAGCUAUAUAAAUUAAUGUAUCUGUGUGUUAUACAGCGUGUAACGGAUUACGAAUUAAUGUUGAAGGGGGCAUAAGUAAAUUUCAUAAGAAAUCACCGUGUAAAAAUAUUAAAUCAU